AUGAUGCUCAACGCAGUUACCUUGUUCUCUCUUGUCGUGGCCGCCACCGCUAAAGUCGGCGAGAUGACCUACUACGAUCCCGUCACCGGUAAUCAGGUCGCCUGCGGUGGAUACUAUACCACCAACGACCGGAUUGCUGCCCUGGGAGCCAGUGACUUCGAUGGCCGCGGCGUCUGCGGCAAGACUGCAACCAUCUCUUACCAGGGCAAGACCACCACAGUCAAAGUCGUUGACCGGUGUGAGGCCUGCAAGGAUGGCGACAUCGACGUCACCCCUACCGCUUUCCAGGAGCUUGCUCCCCCUCCCGGUCGGCCGCGUCCCCGGUGUGUCUUGGGAGCUCUCCUGAGACAACCCUUAGCCGGGAAGUAG